CAUCUCUAUCAAAUUACUCAAUUUCCUCCAAGCAACACAGUCUAUUCUUCAUACAUUCAUCAUGGGUUUCUGGGAUAAGAACGAAGACAACUACAAGCAGGUGUACGAGAACGAUCAGUUCGAAGAGAACAAGUCUAGCUUUGGCCAUGAAUUAGUCGCUGGAGGAGCUGCCUUUGCCGGCUUCAAAGCUUUCGAGGAUCAUCAGCGCUCAGAGGGCAAGCCCGUAUCCCACCAGUUCGCCAAAGAGCUCCUCGCUGGGUUCGCUGGAGCCGAGGUCGACAAGCUUGCAGAGACAAAAGGAGAAGAUUGGUUCGACAGGGAGAAGACGAAGCGCGCGGCCCAGAAGAAUGCUGAGCAAAUGUACGAUGAGCACUACGUCGACAACCAGGGUGCCGACCAGUACGAUCCGAACCAGUACAACCGUCCUCAACAAUUCGAACAGCGGGGGUGGUAAGCGGAACAAUUGGGCCUGCGAUCCCUAUGGAAGGGGUUGACGUAGUGGCCCGUGCACCAAAGCGCCUCUCCGAGUCGUAGAAGGCUAUGAGACAUGAACUGAAAC